AGAUCGGUGACUUCCUGUGCUCAUUGCAGCUUGUUCUUCUUAGCUUGAGAGUGCUGCACCAAAUGACGGAAAAUACCUGCUGAAGUGAAACUGUCAGCUUUCUUUCUUCUCCACACAUCAUGAACAUGUAGGCUGGGAGAGAGUGAUGUUACACACAAGUAGAUACUUAUAAUCUGAAAGUGCAAACAAUAAAGGGCUUUGCCUUAUUUGAAUUGGUGACAUCCAAAGACCUGUAAGGAUACGUGAGACAUAAGGGUAAAAAAUGAAGUAACAGGAAGACUGAAUUGAAGCAGCGGAUCUUUGGUUCUUCUUCCUCGAACAGUGAGAUUUUGUUUACAUAGGCACCUGCUAGUCAAAAUAGAGACUGAUUGAUCCCCUGAGAAAAUGACAGGGCAGGAGUUUAAGAAUGCUUUCUGGUGCACAGACAUCACGUUGAAUACGGGAUAUGAAAUCCUACUACAACGAUUGCUUGAUGGAAGAAAAAUGUGCAAAGAUGUGGAGGAUCUUCUGAAGCAACGAGCACAAGCAGAAGAGAAGUAUGGGAAGGAAUUAGUUCAAAUUGCAAAGAAAGCGGGAGGACAAACAGAGAUCAACAAAUUAUGGAAGUCCUUUAAAACACUGAAAAAACAGAUUGAAAAUAUAGGUAAUUCUCACAUCCAGUUGGCAGUUACACUCAGAGAAGAAAUACGGAGUUUAGAGGAGUUCAGAGAACGACAGAAAGAAAUAAGAAAAAAGUAUGAAAAUUCAAUGGAACACCUGCAAAAGAAAAAAGUGUCAUUGUAUAAGAAAACAAUGGAUUCAAAGAAGAGCUAUGAGCAGAGGUGUCAAGAAGCAAAGGAAGCUGAGCAGAACCAUGGACGACUGGUAUCUUUAGGAAACCCAAAGCAAAUAGAAAAGAGUCAGAACAAGGCAAAGCACUGUAGAGAAGACGCAGAAGAAGCAGAUCGGCUAUAUAAGAACAAUAUAGAUUUUCUGGACAAAGCUCGCAUUGAGUGGGAGACAGAGCACAUUAACACAUGCCAGGCAUUUCAGCUGCAAGAGAUAGACAGAAUCAGCAUUCUGCGCAAUUCCCUCUGGGUUCAGUGCAACCACUUCUCAAGCCAGUGUGUGCAUGAUGAUGAGUUGAUGGAGGAGGUCAGACAGACCCUGGAGCAAUGUGAUGUGAAUGCAGAAAUUGACUUUUUCAUACAGAGUAAAACUACAGGAACUGUUCCGCCAGAACCUGUGCUAUAUGAGGGUUACUGCAAUGGUUUUGCUCCUGAGAGCACUAUUGGCUCCAAUACGCAAGGAGCAAGUACCAAGAUGGUGAAAAGGAUCUCAAACUUGCUCUAUGGCUGUGGAGGGAGUACCAAAAACAUAACAGGACAUCCAGCAGUCAUCACCACCACAGCAGGGAAAGAAGAGAUAGUCUAUGCUAGUUUACCUACAGCUCCUGCUGAAGAGCUGGAAGACUACAGCGUUCUUUAUGAUUACAGUGCUCAGAACUCAGAUGAGCUGGAUAUCACAACUGGAGAUGUGGUUAAGGUGAUCGAGGAGGCAGAUGAUGGUUGGUGGACUGUGGAGAGAAAUGGCCAUAUAGGACUGGUGCCUGGGUCAUACCUUGAGAAGCUUUGAGUAACAGAGAACAUUUCAGAAUGGCAAUGUGCUAUAUACAACCCUAUAGAGAAGUCAUAACAAUAACAAAAUAACAUCACCAUUUAUAGCUUGUUUUUUUAUUGUCUUUCACAUAUGGAAUUAAAGAGAAUUUAUACUUC